GUAUCAAAUGCAUGGUCAACGACGCUCUCUCUCUCUCUCUCUCAGUAAACAGACGGUCAAACAAAACCAGUGUGUCAUUCUCUCUCUCUCUCUCUCCCCUUCUAAUGGUUCUCCGUUCAGUCUUCUCUCUCCCUCUCUCUGCAAUUCCGCACGCGUGAGUGAAACAAUGGCGUUCGCUCAGCUCGUCUCUUACUCCUCUUCUUCGCCUUCUCUCUCCCCCAAACCUUCACUCCCUCCCUCGGUUGCCGCUCCCGCCGGCUGCUACCCCUCCUCCUCCUCCUCCAAGUCCCUGGCUCCCCCGCCCCUCCGCGGCCGGCGGCGGCGGAGCCUCGAUUCGGUGCGCUGCUCCGCCUCCUCCUUCUCGGAGAGGCGCCACGCCGGGUCCCCGUCCUCCGACGACGUCGUGGAGCUCCCCCUGUUCCCGCUCCCGCUCGUCCUCUUCCCCGGCGCCAUCCUCCCCCUCCAAAUCUUCGAGUUCCGGUACCGGAUCAUGAUGCACACGCUCCUCCAGACCGACCUCCGCUUCGGCGUCAUCUACACCGACUCCGUCACCGGCACGGCCUCCGUCGGCUGCGUCGGGGAGAUCGUCAAGCACGAGCGCCUCGUCGACGACCGGUUCUUCCUCAUCUGCAAGGGCCAGGAGCGGUUCCGCGUCACCGGCAUCGUCCGCACCAAGCCUUACCUCGUCGCGCAGGUCACUUGGCUCGAGGAUCGGCCCUCCCCCGACGGCGCCGACGACCUGGAGUCGCUGGCCAGCGAGGUGGAGGCCUACAUGAAGGACGUCAUCCGGAUCUCGAACCGGCUGAGCGGGAAGCCCGAGAAGGAGGUGCAGGACCUGAGGCGGAACCUGUUCCCGACGCCCUUCUCCUUCUUCGUGGGGAGCACGUUUGAGGGCGCGCCGAGGGAGCAGCAGGCGCUGCUCGAGCUGGAGGACACCGCGACGAGGCUGAAGAGAGAGAAGGAGACGCUGAGGAACACGCUCAAUUACUUGACCGCCGCCUCCGCCGUCAAGGACGUGUUCCCGUCCCCGUGAUCGAAUUCAGCGAGACCGGGUGAGGACUGAUAUCACUUACUGAUUGAGCAGAGGCGGAGAACAAGCUGAGUGUUCUCAUGCCAACUCCCCUGGACUUUGUUAAGUAAUUCACACAGGAAGGAAAACCUUUUUAAGAUGUAAAUUUCUUUUUUCUUUUUUUCUUUUGAUUUUGUAAAUGAUUCGAGCUUAGUAUUAUUCCAUCAAGGCAUCUCGUUUGUGUUUACUCUGGUAUUAACUGUGUGGAUUAUAUGAGCCACUAGAACAGAACAACAUUACCGCAAGGUGUAUGAUGACUAAGUAGAAUUUCACAUGUAAGCAAGAUUCGAUUCCUGGGAA